UUUUUACCCGAAUUUAUUAAUAAUAUUAAUUAAUUGGUGUUUAUUGCGAAAUUUUCGGUGUUGGUAAUACAGUACUCUAUCAUUUGGUCACGUCAAAUGUCAAACGUGAAAGUAAAGGUUACGUUCAAAUUGUGUCACUCUAUGUUUAUAAACAAUUGUGGCGUUUUUUGAAAUAAAUGUGAUGACUACCUCACGGAUAGUACGUGGCACUAAAGCCCGCAUCUUCUUGUACAUUUGUGGCGUUUUAAUAAUAACCGGAAUUAUCGCUUGCUAUAAUAACACUUGGUAUCAGCUCGAAGAUGCGAGAAAGUCAAACGAAAUCUGCCACCAGCAAGAGGAGAAUUUGUCGACGCAACUUCAAAUGAUUUCAGACUACAAACAGCGGCUGGAAAAGUCACUAAAGACUGAGAAAGCUGAACAUCAAAAAAUCCAAAGUGAGUUGGAGAAUAAACUGAAUGAGGAGAAAAGCAAGAAUGAGAAGGGCACGAACGAGGCGAAUGUGAGGUUCAGUUCGUUGCAACAGCACUUCAACUUGUUGCAAACGCAAUACGAGGACUUGCAAGCCAAAUUGAAAGAGCUGGAACAGGAGUUAAAAGACGUAAAGGCCUCAAAAGAAAGCUUAAAGACGAAAUUUUUGGAAGUACAGAGUAAAAAUGAGCAUUUAGAAACUUCUAAUCAAGAUUUAGAAAAGCAACUACAGCAAAAUGUGAAAGAGAGUACCAACAAAAUCAAUCAUUUGACAAAGGUUAACCAUGAGCUGCAGAGGGAAUUAACCGAUUUGAAGGGCAAAUGCCCGACCUACGAGUCCAUCCAGCCCCCUCAGGUGGCCCCCAACGCCUCCCCCGACACAUCCUCGCCCCGUCUCAACUUCAGUCGCCAGGUGCAAAUCGAUGCUAAUGAAUACCAAAUCAAGCCCGACGAGAAGGCCCCCCACGUCGAGCCCCAGAAGCAAGUAAUUCAAAGUCCCCCGAAUCAGAACUUUAUCAAAACACCGACAAAAUCGACGACUUCGUCGAGUUUAAGAGUCUCACAAGGGAGUCUGAACGGGGCGAGGCCUCUACUCAUCCCAACGGUGACACCAAAAAACGUGAAGAAAGUGCCAGAGGGGGUCGUGCCGAUCCCCGAAAAGCGGGAGGUUGAGAAGAAGACUGAAGAAGAAGAGAAGAACGAGUUGCCAGAAGAGACUGUGAAUAAUCGAUACAGAAAUAAAAUAAGUGAUAUUGCGAUGAAGGAAGAUGCGAAAAAGGCCGACGAGGCGGAUAAGGAGAAUGGGGCUCAUGAGGUGUUCGACCAGCAUGUGGGAGGGGCCUAUGAUAAUUUUGGGUUCGGGGAGUUGAACGAACAUAUUAAAAAUGCCGAAAAACAAAGUUUUAACAAACAACAUAUUGAUAGGUUAGCGAUGGAAGGUAACAAAGUUUACGAAAAUGAGGAAAAUCAUCCGCUUGAAGAAAAUGAACCGGAAGAUGAUGAUCCGGAAUAUCCUGAACAUUUAGGACGUAUGAAAGAUGCAGUGGAAAGAAAUUAGGACUUUUAGUUGUACUUAAAAAUUUUAAGAAUUUUUUUCAGUGGAGAAUAUUUAAAGCUCAAUUAUAUCAUAUUCAGUAUUGUAUUUAGCUGUCAUCUGUCCCAUUACAGGCUUAGUAAAUUAAGUACUUGUAUAUAUGUUAUGAAAGAUAGAUUUAUAGGCGCAACAGUGAAUUGUGUUGUUUUUACGAAUCGGUUAUUGAUCUCGAUGUCAACGAAUUAUGCAUUUUUUUGUAAAUUGUAAGCACUUUUUUUUAGAUGGAAGUUAAAUUGCCACUUUUUAUUGUAUAUUCAUGUCGACGGAAAAUUUUCGGUGUGAUCCUUGUAAAUAUUUAAUUUAAUCGGCAUAUCUCGAAAUAAAGAGGUAAU